AUGGAAUUUGUCAACGCUGAGAUCAACAAUAAUGACUCACUGGUGACCGCGUUCCAACCAGAUGUCCCAGGCCCGCUGAUUGUCAGCGGUUCAGCGGUAUUAAAGGGAGCGUGGAACAUCGCAGUCGAAACAGCCCAAUACCGAAUCCAAAGUCAUACUACUGCGCCGCCUGUUCCUUUUCCGAUAACUGUCGAGGAUAAGUGCUGGGUAACGCUGAUGGCGUUGAGGAGGGAAGAAGAGUUGCAGGAGACAAUGAGAUACCUGGAAAACGAGUGGCGGGAGCUCACGGAAGUGAAGAAACUGUUGGGGAUUUGA